AGUUUUGCUGUCACGACUUGUCUGCUCCAACUCCAAUUCAGAGGUAAACAUGGCGUUGAAGGUGCUGAAGGGAAUGGUCAGCGGAGCUGUUAACGAGCUCUCAUCAGCCGUUACCGGCAACAAGACGGCUGCCUCCCGGGAGCAAGUCCUGGCCGUUAAACGCGACUACAUCUCCCAGCCGCGCCUGACCUAUAAGACAGUGUCUGGGGUGAACGGGCCUCUCGUGAUUCUGGACCAGGUGAAGUUCCCCAGGUAUGCAGAGAUCGUCCACCUGACCCUGCCAGAUGGAACCAAGAGGAGUGGCCAGGUGUUGGAGGUUACAGGGUCUAAAGCCGUGGUGCAGGUGUUUGAGGGGACAUCAGGUAUUGAUGCUAAGAAGACCAGCUGUGAGUUUACAGGAGACAUCCUACGCACCCCUGUCUCUGAAGAUAUGCUGGGACGCGUGUUUAAUGGAUCAGGCAAGCCCAUCGACAAAGGCCCCACAGUGAUGGCAGAAGACUACCUGGACAUCAUGGGCCAGCCUAUCAACCCUCAGUGUCGUAUCUACCCGGAGGAGAUGAUCCAGACAGGGAUCUCUGCUAUAGACGGCAUGAACAGCAUCGCUAGGGGGCAGAAAAUACCCAUCUUCUCUGCUGCAGGACUGCCACACAAUGAGAUAGCGGCUCAGAUCUGUCGCCAGGCAGGCCUGGUGAGGAAGUCUAAAGAUGUGAUGGACUACAGUGAUGACAACUUCGCUAUCGUCUUCGCCGCAAUGGGGGUCAACAUGGAGACAGCUCGGUUCUUCAAGUCAGACUUUGAGGAGAAUGGUUCCAUGGACAACGUCUGUCUGUUCCUCAACCUGGCCAACGACCCCACUAUAGAGCGUAUCAUCACGCCCCGCCUAGCUCUAACAUCAGCAGAGUAUCUGGCCUACCAGUGUGAGAAGCACGUCCUUGUCAUCCUGACUGACAUGAGCUCCUAUGCAGAGGCGCUACGAGAGGUCUCAGCGGCCAGAGAGGAGGUCCCAGGUCGUCGUGGUUUCCCAGGUUACAUGUACACUGACCUUGCCACCAUCUACGAGAGAGCUGGUCGGGUGGAGGGACGCAACGGCUCUAUCACCCAGAUCCCUAUACUAACUAUGCCCAACGAUGACAUCACUCACCCCAUCCCUGAUCUGACAGGGUACAUCACUGAGGGACAGAUCUAUGUGGACAGACAACUGCACAACAGACAGAUCUAUCCUCCCAUCAAUGUUCUGCCAUCACUGUCUCGUCUGAUGAAGUCAGCCAUCGGAGAGGGGAUGACACGCAAAGACCACUCUGAUGUCUCCAACCAGCUGUAUGCGUGUUAUGCUAUAGGUAAGGACGUGCAGGCGAUGAAGGCUGUGGUAGGAGAGGAGGCUCUGACGCCUGAUGAUCUUCUCUACCUGGAGUUCCUACAGAAGUUUGAGAAGAACUUCAUCGCCCAGGGAGCCUAUGAGAACAGGACUGUGUUUGAGACACUGGAUAUCGGCUGGCAGCUGAUGAGAAUCUUCCCCAAAGAGAUGCUGAAGAGAAUCCCUCAGAGCACGCUGGCAGAGUUCUACCCCCGCUUGAAGUAAUGAUGACAAACAUAGGAAUGCAUAGUGACACACACAACUCCAACCCUUCCCUCUUGCUCGGCCUCUUUGUAAAUGGUGUUGCUGUUGUAACAUUGCCAGUAGCUUCUGUACUGUACGCAUUAUCAUAGGCUAGUACUGAUACUGUCACACACAGAGGUAACCCCUUACCCGAACAGAUAGACCCGUAGAAGUAGAAGAUGCAGAUGAUGGAGACAGUGGUUUCCAAGCCAGAGAGGUUCUCUCUGACCAGCAGAGCCAAAUAGCCUGGUAAUAGGGUCUGGGAUUUUCCCUGGUCAGAUCACAUGAUCAGGAAAAUCUCCUGGCCUUGGCUGUUAGAUGUAUUGGAUGGAUAGAUGGACGGAAAGGAGCUGGAGGAAUAGUGAAUGGUCUGUUAUAAGUCAGAGGGAUGGUAUAAGGUAUUUUUAACAGGAUGUGUAGGUGUACUUUAGGCGUACUGUAGGUGUAGACUAGUGAAUAUGCAGUGAUGAUGCAUGUGUAUGAAAGAUGGGCUCAAGGCUAACAGCCUAUUUCACUCACAAGUCAUUGUUUACGUUUCUAAUGGCCUUUUGUUAUGACCAUAUAAGUUGCCUGUGCGUUGCUCCUAGUAUCUUUUGCAUAGAUCAGUGCCGUUUCUGCGCCGAAUUAACCCAAAAGCCCCCUUAAUUCAUUGAACUAAAGCCAGAGAUACAACACACAAACUGCCGGUUGUUAUUAUUACCUGUUCACUGAGUGCACAAACAUUAGGAACGUCUUCCUAAUAU